AAAAAUAUGGAAGCCUCAAAAUUUCAGCUUAUUGCACUGGUGCUUACAAUAUGUGCAGUUGUCUUUCGACUGAUUGGAUUAGCGUCACCUUACUGGAUAUCGUUUGAUAUAAUAAUAUCCAAAGUAAAUUCUGGUUUGUGGAAGACGUGUGCUAAAAUAAUUUUGACCGGAGAUACAGAAUGCAGCGAUGUGAUAGUUACAGAUGACGAUUGGCUCAAGGCAGUCCGAGCAAUGAGCAUCCUUGGAUUGCUGGUAUUGGUAGUAGCAGCAAUCAUGACAGUGUUAAAACUGUUCGUUCUGAAAGACAUGAAACCGAUUCUGUUUGUGGCAAUAGGCACAGCUUUUGCUGGAGCGGUGUUUAUCCUCAUUUCGGUAGCAGUGUAUGCAGCCAAAGUGAACGACUUGUAUGAUUACGUAGACUUUGAUUACCACUUUGCUUUCGCCUUCAGCAUCAUAGGAAUGAUAGCAGCGAUCGGAGCAGGCGUCGUCAUGGUGGUAGAGAUCACGAAAGGAUAACUAAAUAGCAAUUUAGUUCCGUAGAAAACAUUUGGAAAGAAUCAUUUAUAAGACAUUUAAAGUCUAUGUUUUACAGCAUUGUACAAAUAUUUGAAAUUCCAUGUGUAAUUUAUUUUUUCUAAUCAAUUUACUGCAUUUGAAAAAUUGAGAACUUAAAAUUUCAAUAAA